GCCCUCUCGUGUGGCGCGCUGUUGCUGCUGCCGCGCGGGCGCGCGCCUCCUCAUCCUCCUCCCCCCUCCCCAGCUGUUGCCUCGCGCGCGCCCGCCGCCUCCUCGCUGUCUCGCGCCCCGCUCGCUGCUGUUGUCUGCGGCGCGUGCUGGCCCGCUCCGCCGCCUCGCCGCGGCACCGGGCGACCGCCUAAAAUGACUGUGUGAAUUCAGUGGAAUAAAUGGCGUCCAAAGUAACUGAUGCUAUAGUUUGGUACCAGAAGAAGAUUGGGGCAUAUGAUCAACAAAUAUGGGAAAAAUCAGUAGAGCAAAGAGAAAUAAAGGGUUUGAGAAACAAACCAAAGAAAACAGGACAUGUGAAACCAGACCUCAUAGAUGUUGAUCUUGUGAGAGGAUCUGCUUUUGCUAAAGCAAAACCUGAAAGUCCUUGGACAUCUCUGACCCGCAAAGGAAUCGUGAGAGUUGUUUUCUUUCCGUUCUUCUACAGGUGGUGGCUACAAGUGACAUCGAGGGUCAUCUUUUUCUGGCUGCUUGUUCUUUACCUUCUUCAAGUUGCUGCUGUAGUGUUAUUCUAUACAGCCCAAAGCCCACAUAAUAUACCUCUGACUGAAGUAAUUGGGCCAAUAUGGCUAAUGUUGCUACUUGGAACUGUGCAUUGUCAGAUUGUUUCAACACGAACUCCUAAGCCACCUCCCAGCACAGGGGGUAAAAGAAGAAGGAAAUUAAGGAAAGCAGCACAUUUGGAAGUACAUAGGGAAGGAGAUGGCUCUAGUACCACAGAUAACACACAGGAGGGAACAGUGCAGAGCUACGGUACAAGCACCUCUUGCAGUAUUGGCGCUGUCUUCAGAGAUAUCUGGCAUGCUGCUUUCUUUUUAUCAGGAUCUAAGAAAGCAAAAAACUCGAUAGAUAAAUCCACUGAGACUGAUAAUGGCUACGUGUCCCUUGAUGGGAAAAAGACAGGUAAAAGCAGUGAAGAAUGUAUGCAGGCCCAUGAGCGUCGAUGUGAAGUGAUUAAGCCAGAAGAGUCAGGGUGGAGCACUGCAACAGUGAGAGAUGCCUUCAACAACCACAGUCAUCACAAAGAUACGCACAGGACUGUGACAAAUUUAUCAGAUGAAGUUUCUAGUGAGGAAGGGCCCGAAACUGGAUAUUCUUUACGUCGCAAUGUAGAGCGGGCUUCUAGUGAUUGUACACUUCGAAACAGGAAAUCUCACCAUUAUAAGAAACACUGUCCUCUGGAGGAUACACCUAAAUCAGGUACUAGCUGCAGUUCUCGGUGUUCAAGCUCCAGACAAGACUCUGAGAGUGCAAGGCCGGAAUCAGAAACCGAAGAUGUGCUGUGGGAGGACCUCUUACACUGUGCAGAGUGCCACUCUUCCUGUUCCAGUGAGACAGAUGUAGAAAGCCCUCAAGUGAACCCAUGUGUGAAGAAAGAGUACAGAGAUGACCCAUUUCAUCAGAGUCAUUUGCCUUGGAUCCACAGUUUGAAUCCAGGACUAGAAAAAAUAAGUGCAAUUGUAUGGGAGGGUAAUGACUGCAAGAAAGCAGAUAUGUCUGUGCUUGAAAUCAGUGGUAUGAUAAUGAACAGAGUAAACAGCUAUAUACCAGGAAUUGGUUACCAGAUUUUUGGAAAUGUCAUAUCUUUAAUCUUGGGUUUAAUGCCAUUUGUCUUUCGACUUUCCCAAGCUAAAGAUUUGGAACAACUAGCUACACAUUCUGCCACUGAACUUUGUAUGACUGCAUUUGGAUCAAAUGGAGACGUUCUGGUUCUCUCAAUGGUUAUUAUAAGUUUUGUCGUCCGUUUGUCUCUAGUGUGGAUUUUCUUUUUUCUGCUAUGUGUAGCAGAGAGGACGUACAAACAGAGGCUACUGUUUGCCAAACUUUUUGGUCAUCUAACAUCUGCCAGAAGGGCAAGAAAAUCAGAGGUUCCUCAUUUCCGUUUGAAGAAAGUACAGAAUAUAAAAAUGUGGCUUUCUCUCAGGUCCUAUCUAAAGCGUCGAGGUCCUCAACGCUCAGUUGAUGUCAUAGUUUCAUCUGCCUUCCUACUGACUAUCUCAGUUGUGUUUAUCUGUUGUGCGCAGCUGCUUCACAUGCAUGAGAUCUUCCUUGAUUGUCACUACAACUGGGAACUCAUAAUUUGGUGCAUUUCACUAACUCUUUUUCUCUUAAGAUUUAUUACUCUUGGAUCUGAAACCAGUAAAAAGUACAGCAAUACCUCAAUAUUACUUACUGAGCAGAUAAACUUGUACUUGAAAAUGGAGAAAAAGCCUAAUAAGAAGGAGGAGCUGACACUAGUGAACAAUGUUUUAAAACUUGCUACUAAGUUAUUGAAGGAACUGGACAGUCCCUUUAGAUUAUAUGGGCUUACAAUGAAUCCACUACUUUAUAAUAUCACCCAAGUUGUGAUCCUGUCAGCUGUUUCUGGUGUCAUCAGUGACUUGCUGGGAUUUAAUCUAAAGCUCUGGAAGAUCAAAUCUUGACAAUAUAUAAAGAAGAUGAGAUAACACAGUGUUACAGAAAAGCUCACUGAUUGACAAAACUGCCUCAAAGCAGCCACUGAAUCUGUAUUUCAGAUGCUACAACCUCUUCAAGGAUGUUGUUUGGAAAAUUGAAGUGUUUACAUCUGACUGUCUUGUGCAAUCUUUGUAUUUAUUUCAUCUUCUCACUGUUUUAUGUUCAUUUUAGUUGACAUUUAUAUUUUAUUUUCAAACUUAUUUGUUUAGUUUUGGAAAGGGUCAGAUUUGGGAAGGGUCAAAAGCUGUGUGUCUGAGAACUUGAAAUCCUGGAAAUUGAUUACACUAAAUUACUAUAUCUGUUGUUAAAGCUGAAGUCGAUGCUGAACUUUUUUAGUUACAGUAACGCUAUAUGGAAGUCAUUUGAUUUUUGAUAGUGUGGUAAAAUAGCUGAGAAUAUUUCAUUUGCACCAAUCAUUUAGGAGGACAACAUAACAUCAGUAGAUGUUUGGUUGCAACAGAAAAGUGAGACGCCUACAAAAAAUAAAGUACUGACAAUACAGUAUGACAGGUAGCAGAAAUAUUUUAUACUAGUGUUAGAAGCAAGUGGGAAUUUUUAAUAUUUUGAGCAAUUCCAGGAUCUAAACUCAUGUAGGCUGCAGUUUAAAUAUCCUGGGAUAUUAAUAAGGUAUUAUAUAACAAGUCAACAAGUGCUCUUUGAUAACACUUUUAUUAGAGCAAUAAUUGUAAAUGGUUACCAUGCUGUAUGAUAUUUUGAUAAAAUUAAAUAGUGUAUUUAUUUGAAAUACUGGGCUGUUCUGCGCAGCUCUGACUGUGCAUGCUCAAUAUGUGCACUUUUUAUUGUUACUUUUAAUGAGAAACUUAUAUAUAUAUACAUAUAAAUGUAUAUCAAUUGGAAUAUAUUAUGGUGAACUACGGAGCAGUAUAUAUUAUAUGUUGAAAUGGAAUAUUUAAGCAAGCGAAAGAUUUACUGGCGAAAGGAGUGCUAUGAAUGAGCAUAAGAUAGAGAGAUGCUCUCCUCUUGUACACUAUAGUAUAUGCCAUUCAUACCACAUUGAAGUUUAAGAGCAGUUAAACACAGAAAACAAGUUUGUCCGGUGAGCAGCAGAGCUCCUGAAGCCUGACGUUCUGCAGAUUUCUGUCUUCAGAGAAGCUCCUUUCCUCCUGUUCCUCCCCAGCAGAGGUCAUUCCCUAGCGCUUUCCCAGCCUUGGCUUUCCCACCUCUCCCUCUGCCGUGUAUCCCCGCUCCCACGUGGACCAGUGACAUUGGACCCUGGUUCUUCAGUGUGAUGGAAACAGAUGUCCACCUCUGUAGAAUUAAGUUACUUGGAACACCAUUUCCAUCUACAAAUUAUAUUGGGAGGAUUAAUAUCACCGGGUGCAAGUAUUCGUACAUUUUGUGUUUCUAAAGUAGUGGCUUCGUAUUGAAAAAUGACAAGUAAUUAGGUGACGAGAGUCUGGACAUUGCACUAUGUUUGCUAAACUUCAGAAUCUUGAAAGAUUUGAAGUAAUGUAUCUUAAACUUAUGUGGUAUAAAAGUAUUUUUAUAUAUAAAGCAACACAAA